UUAAGACGUGCGACUACAAUAUUAUUCCCUAUCGAAAGUUGAGCAAAAUCAGAUGUUAAUUUUUUCAUGGGCGAUAGUACAGAUCGUUUCCAGUCAAUAAUGCAUGCCGGUGACAGUUUGUACACUAGAAUGGCCUCUCAGCCUCUGUACAAAGAAAACCCUGUAGAUCCUGACCUGGAGCACAAGGCGAAAAAAGUAUCCGACAAAUUCUCUGAGAAUGUGAACGUCAUAGCGAAUGAGCCUUCACUGGCGUUUUACAGAAUCCAGGAGCAUGUCCGGAAAACUCUCCCCCAGUUGGUGGAUCAGAAGCACGAGGUGGAAGACAUUCAGGCCAAAGUACAAGGGGCUUGUUUUGAUGCUGAGUAUGCCACAAAUGCUGUCAAGGCAAUGCAGAAUAGUGCUAUACAUUUCCAGAAUAUUCAAGAUCUCUUAAAAAAUGCGAUGUUCAUGAAGCAGCAGAUAUCGUAUGAAGAUGCCAGAAGACGGCAAGGACGAGCCAGCCCCUCUGUGGGAGGUCGGGGAGAAGAGAGUGAAAAGAACGAGGCCAGUGGGGCGGCGGCUGAGGGCGGUCAGGGCAUGGAAGGCGGUCAGAGGAAAAUUGGACAAGAGCAGGAUGAUAACAUCCUUUCAGCAGUCUGUCCGUGCAGUCCGAAAAAGUCUAAGCAGAAGAACACGACAGAGGCAACAGGCUGAGGAUUUGGCCACAAACAGAGAGGUGGAGAAGUACAUGUCGACAACAUGACAACAUUGCUGCUUUGCUGCUGCUCACUGCAAAAAUUUGACUGUUCCUGCCAGGCCGUUGUUGACAGCUCCUUCCACAACUCUUUUGAUAGUAUCCACGUCACUUUAGAAAGUACACCGAUAACAUCAUGUAUGUGGCUCAUUCUUCCCACAGAUUGUACAUCCAAAAAUACUAUAUUUUGUUAUAAUUUUUUUUCUGGAGCACUCUUAACGUACUUGGUAAUACUUGACUGUUAGAUUUGGUCACAAAUUAUUCAUGAUAUCGGUCAGAGUAAAACCCUUCUAUAGCAUCUGUGAAAAGUUAACAUGAAAAUAGAAUGCGGAACUGCAUGUCAAUGGUUGUUUUGUGGUUCAUCAGGGUACAUCAUAAACAUGCAGGAAGAUUUGUCAGCAUUUUUUGUUGUAGAAAACAAAAUAUGAAUCUGCAUCCACCAUCUAUAUGCCUUCUGGGAAGCCAAAAACGUAUCUGAGUCUGAGUGAAUUGGGGUUUGAUGGAAUAAUAAUAGUUGUAAAGUGUGAGGAGCAUCCUAUUGAGCAUGGAUAUGCGCUAUGCAAACGCAAUUAUUAUUAUAAUUAUCUUGAGAAAGAGGGAAAGUUGAAGAUUUGAAGAGACCAUGAAAGCUUUGACUGUGAUUGGCUCCUUCUGACAAAGGAAAACAUAUUUCAGGGUUCUUAUUUGGUGUGUAGACUUGACAGACUUCAAGAGGUUUCUUCCUAGAUUUAAGAAAUUUUGACUUUUAACUUCUCUGUCACUGCAAACAAUUACAAGCGGAUUUAAUGGGUUUUAAAAGUGAAACUAUUCGUUGGACUCAGAUAGUUUUUGAGAUAUGGUCACGUUUGUGAGUGAGGGAUGAACCAACUACUUUUGAGAUAAAUGUCAAAAAUCAACACCAUUCGUAAUAUUAAAUAAUGGAAAA